ACUUGAUGGAACUGCGGUUUAGGAGGUAAAAGAUUUAAGCGAUGGAGUUCUGGGAUUGCUACCGAUUGGCUUCUCCAUAAGCUGUCAACUCAAUACUUCGGAAGGACGAUCGCUCAAGCAUUCUUGUAGGCUUCACUUAUCAAUCUCAAUCGAUCGAAAAUGAAUUCUGUUUCGAACAACAACGAAGAACCCAGAUCGUGGGAUGAACUUAUCGAUAUAAAUUUAGUACCAUCGGAGUUGUUUCUCAAGUUCCGGAAAGAAAUCCAGGGCCUCCGUGUUGGAUUGAAUUUGGAGUUCUACAAUGUUCCAUUAAACGAAUGCCACACAAAGUUGGUGUUAAAGCCUUUAGACCCAGAUCGGAGGUGGAAGCUUACAUAUGAGCCUAUACAUCAUGAUGUACGAGUUCUUUCGAAGAAGAUUUCUAUUUCCAAAUUUCUUAAUCUUCAGGUGGGUAUUAGCCAUAGUUUUAAGUUGCAUGCAACUGGGUGGAAAUGGAAACUCUCUACAUGUUUGGGAGGAGAUGGUGUUUCCCGGAUACAAAACAAGACAUCCAUCGGAUUGCUCCCAGGAAUGGAUUUCCGGUUGGGUUGGAAGGCAGAGUAUGUCCUUCCAGAGAUUCAAGGAAGCCGAGCUUAUUUCUAUGAAAUGAUCAUGCCGGAGGCAAUUUGGAGGAUUUCUUUGUCCCUGCCCAAUCCAUGGGAUGGUGAACUAAGGUUGCUAGACAAGCUAUAGUUCUGUAAGGGCCCUGGGCUCCGCAGGGGAACCAAUGUUCAACAUGAACUCUGGACGGUUGCAAGCAUCACUAGACAGAGUGGAAGCCGUUUUCACUCAUAGUACAAGAUAGCUGUACCUCUUGCGAAGAAUCUGUUUUUUUCUAAGUACAUAAACAUCAGUGAGUAUCCCUAAAGUCAAAUCUGUGAAACUGAUCCUAACCAACUGAUUAGUAUUUUCGAACCCCUAAAAAUACUUUGUACUGACAAUCCAGUGAGUUUGUUGGAUCAUAUGGUCAUGGUCAGCUGAUGAGAUGUAGUUGCAUUGUCUUCUUAUUGGUUGGUGCACUUCCUUUAUCCCUCGAUGCCAGGUUGUCAAUUCUGCAAAAUCAACAAAGAACUGAGAAAGAACAUGGAUAGCCGGCUAUACAUAGGCCCAACCACCAUCAUCGCAGGGUAGUAUCCCCCUCUCCCUGUUUUACUGGUGGGUUACUUUGCAAGUACCCAUACGAAGUUACAAACAGGUGAUCAGUGUAAAUGUUUUUCCUUCUGUGAUUUUAGUUGUACUGUUUCACUUUGAAAAUUCCAUGAAUCUCAAAACAAUGUGCAUAAGAAACAUCACUUUUGCUGAUUCA